AUGCCGCGCGGCGUGCUGAAGGCAAACCUGCCUUCAAAAAUCUGCGAGACCUGCCAGAAGCCGUUCACCUGGAGAAAGGUGUGGGAGCGCUGCUGGGACGACGUCAAGACGUGCAGCGACCGCUGCAAGAGCGAGCGCAAGAAGCAGCUGCAGCUGGAUCGGCGGCCGCUGGAGGCGGACGAGCGGCGGGCGGCGGCGGCGGGGCCGCCCGCGGAGCAGGGGGGCGAGGGCAAGGCGGGGAAGAAGCGGCAGGAGCGGCGGCGACGGUCGCCGUCACCGUCGGGCGCGCAAGCAGACGCUGAAUAG